AUGGCGCCGCGUCCGCCAGGCCCGGCUCAUCACCGUGGCCGCCCCCGGCCGCUCGGGUUUCGCCCACCUCCGGCUCCGGCUCCGGCUCCGGCCCAGGCACCCCCAGCGCCCGGCCCCGGCCCGGCCCCGCUGCCGCCGCCGCCGCUGACAUCAUCGGCUCCCCCCGCCCCGGUCCUACCCCCACCUCCACCCCCGGAAACAGUACCCCCCCAGCGCCGCCGCCGCCACCGCCGAGAGGAGGCCGGCGCAGCGCAGCCGACACCGACGCGAGGCUCUGGGGCUCCGGCUCCGGGUGAGCGCGCCCGACGGCCCUCGUCCGGACCGACCUCUGGGAGGGGACGGCGCCGGGCAAGGCCGCCAGACGGCUGGGCACCGAGCAGGGAGCGGGUCUGGCGGCAGAACCCCCCACCACGCCGCACGACCACCCGCUCCCUGGGAAGGGACUCCCCGCCCUCCCGCUCGCCCUUCACUGAUCAGUGCACUCCGCCCAGAGCUGGCAGUCACCCCUACUUCAACCUGCUGGACUUCACCCAGCCAUCGCCACCCUCCACUCUGCCCUACCUCCCCUCGAACCAGCACUGCUGGCCCUCUGAUGCCACCAAGGGUUUGCUUGUAGUCCUGCUGGGCGGGGGCCUCCUUGCUGGCUUUGCGGGUGCCUUGUUCCGUAUGGUUUACCAACCUUCCCACUUACCCCCACUGGAGCUGCUCAUCUUACUUAAACUGCAUGGUGACCCAAGGGUGGGACCUCCUGAUGUCCCGGGCGAGGUCUGCCUCCAUGUCCUGCUCAAUGUCCUCAGCAUGGGAUGUGCCUACAGUGCAGUUCAGUUGAUACCUGCUGGUGAUGCAGCCACCAUCUGCAAAGUUUCUUCUUCUGUCUGCUCUGCUCUCCUUGCCCUCUGCCUUGAGAGCCAGGGUCUCAGCAGCUAUGACUGAUGCUGCUUGUUGAGCAGCACCUUGAGACUAAUCAUCAUUGUGGGAUCUGGACUAAGGACACUGCUGGAGGGAACCAUGGGCUUGUACACUGCCAGGGGCUACAGACUCGCUUUCCUGGGUGGCCUCACACUGUCACUGGGGUUUCCCAUGUGUCGCUCCCUGGACUUCCCCUCUUGCCUAUCAACAGUUGGCUUCCUGUUUGGCUUGGUGGGGUUGAUGGUCUCUGUGCCAGGUCUCUUUGUGAUGCAGACCCCCAUGCUGCCCAAUGAUCCUCUGAGUUGGAGCUGUGUGGGGGCAAUGGGGAUCCUUGUCAUGGUCUCCUUUGUGUGUGUGAGCUAUGCUGUCACCAAGGUCCGCCCUGCUCUGGUGUGUGCUCUCCUGCACUCUGAGGUGGCGGUAGCCCUGUUGCUGCAGUAUUAUAUGCUCUGUGAGACUGUGGCACCCUCUGACAUCAUGGGGGCAGGGGUCAUGUUAGUCAGCAUUGCCAUCAUGACUGCCCAGAACCUCAGGUGUGAGAGGGAAGGGCAGGGGGAGGAGCAAGAUUGA